GGUGUACGCAUCUGUCCAUCCGUCUGCUCCAUCCCAAGCUCUUAAGGCGAGGCCAAGCUGCAUCCGUGAGUAAUUCUCUCUCUUCCUCGAAACUGCAUGCAGCUGCCACCAUGGACGUCUUCGGGGCAGUUUAUAUCAUAGAGAAUGCCCAGCAAUUCUGGUCUGAACUGGAAGAAAUUCUCCAUAAUAUACCCCCUGACUGCACCCUGUCAAGAUUGGACUCGACCUUACGAAGUUUCAUAUCACUCUGUUCCUCCUAUCAUGAGCAAUACUUGCAGAGCCCUCUUCAAUUGGAACACUCGUGUGACCUGCUACUUGCGUCCGAAUUGUUCACUUUUCAUUCAGAGCGGAUGUGUGAGCUGUUGCUACACGACGCACAACGAACGACAGAUCCUCAUUCACAGCUAAUUCUCUACAAUAUCCUUCUCUCAUUUGGUCGACGUAAUUCCACGUUUCUUCGUUCACACAAGAGAUGGGAGCCGGUGCUUCCCCUCCUCAUGGACCACAUCACACUCGAGAUAGACCCGGACGUUGAUGACACGUUCAUAGGCGGAUCUACAUCAGGCUCAAGCUCAGGCGCGUAUAGAGGACUCGCAGUCCCCAUCGAAGUCAAACUCCGGUCACUUUCUAUUAGGUUGCUGUACGAAGUCUGUCGAGUGCAAAAGCUUUCACUGCACGAUCUUAAACUCUUCAAUGAUGGCUUCAUUGCACAUCUCUUUGAUCUUGUGGAGCAGACGAGAAAUCAACAAGAUGAAUCAUUCAACUACUCCGUCAUAAAGCUCAUAGUCGCCCUGAACGAGCAAUUCAUGGUCGCCUCAUUGCACCCCGAAACACCCCAACCAGACGCCAAGUUUCCUCGCGAUGGGAAUAAGUCCGGGUCGGAGAAUCGAGUACUACGGGUUCUCAUGUCUCGAUUAGGCUUGAGUAUGACCUUUGGCGAGAAUCUCAUCUUCAUGUUGAACAGAGCCAAUCGUACAAACGAAGAUCUCGUCAUGCAGUUGCUCGUCCUAAAGCUAUUGUAUCUCUUGUUCAACACGAAGGGGACGGCUGAAUACUUCUAUACGAACGAUCUGUGUGUCCUUGUGGACGUGUUCCUUCGGGAGAUCGUCAACCUAGAUGAAGACAACGAGUCGCUACGUCAUACCUAUUUGCGAGUUCUCCAUCCACUUCUCACGAAGACCCAGCUUCGGGCAAUGCCAUACAAACGUCCUCAAAUUGUUCGUGUCCUAGAAUCCCUCAUCGAAAAUGAGAAGGUUCGGGAUGUCGAUCCUACGACUAAGCGUCUUGUGGAACGAUGUUUGAGUGGCGAUUGGUGUGUUCAAUUCCGAAAGCUCGGACUCGCGGACAAGGCAGAACUUGAGCGACGAGUGGAUAGUCCAGGAUUCGAUGCAGUCUCCAUCACCUCUGCCCCUCAAGCCAGCAGCAGUCGCACACUGUUCGAACCAAACGCUGACACUGACAAAUCCGCGGGCAAGAGCAAGGUACUGAAAUCCAGCCGAAGUGUGGAGAACCUCAAACUCAAGCCGCACAGGCAUCGCUCUGGACAUCACAACCAGACGUUGCAUCAUCUGGGCAAUUCGAGCUCUUCGAGCCUUCCUCGAGUCGCGUCGGCGGCUGUCCCUCCACGAAAUUUAGGGGCACCUCGUUCGCGAAGAGAUCGUGCUGGUUCCGUGAGCGGAGAGACGCCUGCGUCUACGCACGAACGCAAAGCAUCGACUUUAGUGGAUACAGCUUCGUUCACAUCAGAACCUGAGCUUUCCCCCGUUGACACCCCUGAGAUUCGCGUAGUUCCCGCCUCAUCUUCCCCAGGUAACCACGCCGGACCACCAAGGUCUCCAACACCACACCAUCCUCACUCGUCUUCACCUCGACGAACAGCUCCUGCCCCUCCACCAAAACGCCGGAAACCACCAGCAGUUCCUGCUCAAGCCAGAGGUAGUAAAACCUUGCCAGGAUUGACCAGCUCUGCUUCACAGCCUGUCCUCAGCCCUCUCGGUCAAGGAGCUCGGAAGGCUCUUCCACAUUAGCACACUACAUCUCUUGCAACGCGGAUGGAUACGUACUUUACUACUCAGUAUUAAUGACUGGAUGAUGAUAUAUGAUACCCGUAUAGAAACUCAUACGUCUCGAUGGAACACCUUGAGGCUGAGGAGGCCAUGCCUUGUUGUCACUUGACAGCGGACCACGGCAUGCCAGUGGUAUACCUUUACGAGAAGUUUUGGGCCACGCAUUCGUUCAGCAUUCUGUUUUGCUCACAAUCGUCUCAUUACACAGUCCCAGAAAUGUACCGUCUCCUGACUCGGUCAUGCAUCUCUUCCAGCUAUGAUAUUGGUGUGGAGUGGCAAAAAGAAUGGUGUGUAAGAUUGGGAUAAUUGCAUGGCAGGAUUUUACCGUGUGAGUUGCUUGACCGCUGGAGAAUCGUGAACGAUGAGUCAGGGAGUAUGUAGGAAGGGAAGACAACGGUGACAUGAGCAUAACCAUUAUGUAUCAGACAACCAGUUACUCGUGGAUGUAUACGACGCUCCUGUACAGCUCCUCGUCGUCGUCGCUACCUACAAUACAGAAGCAUUCUCCUCGCAUGCAAAAUCAAUCUCUGCAUCGUUAUG